CCUGCUGGGGUGGCAGGCAGGAGUGGCUCUGUGCCCAGCAAACUGAGAAGCCCAUCAGGACUGUAUUUAACUGCGCAAACAACUGCAAACCAAGGAUGUUUUCCCUUCCCUCUGCUUGCCCCAGCCAGGAAAAACUGCUUUUCUUGUUUCCUUUGGCAGAGAGAGGUGUUGGUGGAAGGUGUGGAGUAUUGCUGCACGCCCAGCCAUGGGUGCAAGCCCCGGGAGCACAAAACUUUUGCUGCUGGAUCCUAAGAAUGAAGCUGUUGGGGGAGCAAAAUUCUUUCCCAGAGAAUGAUUGACUCUGGGAGGGAGUUUUGCAUGGUUUUCAGGAAGAAUCGGUGGGGCUGGGUGACAAACGGCCUGGAAACCUGCACUGAUCACCCACAGAGAUCUUUUUAGAGGAUUUUUUCCUUUUGGUUGCCAGCAUCAUGUCAUUGGCAAGGACUGGGGCUCGACCUCUCCGCCACGUGCCUGGGAGCCAGGGAAGCAGGAGGAGGUGCCACAGGCCAUGGCAAGCCCUUUACCUGCCUGCAACCCCACUGAGGUGCAGAUGAGCCAGCUGGUGCUGCCCUGCCACACCAACCACCGCGGUGAGCUCAGCAUCGGCCAGCUGCUCAAGUGGAUCGACACAGCCGCCUGCCUUUCUGCUGAGAGACAUGCCGGCUGCCCAUGUGUCACGGCUUCCAUGGAUGAUAUCUAUUUCGAGCAUACCAUUAGCCGGUCAUAUAUAAACCCUCCUGGGCAGCAGGACGGGAAGAGCGGUGUCUGUGUUGGGCAAGUUGUCAACAUCAAAGCCAAAGUGAACCGAGCCUUUAACUCCAGCAUGGAGGUGGGCAUCCAGGUGAGAUAUGAAGACCUGUGCAGCGGGAAGCACUAUAGCAUCUGCAAGGCGUAUGCCACCUUUGUGGCACAGGGCCCUUCUGGCAGCAAGGUGAAGCUGAAGCCACUGACCCCGCAGACGGAGGAGGAGAAGAUUGAGUACAGCAUCGCCGCUGAGCGCCGCCGCAUGCGUCUUGUCCACAAGGACACCCUCAAGGACCUCCUCACCCGCAGCCCCCGUGAAACUGAGCUGGAAACGCGGGACGGCAGUGUGGCGGUGCCGGCAGAGAAGACACGUGUAGAGAGUGUGGAGCUGGUGCUGCCCCCACACGCCAACCACCAGGGCAACACCUUUGGUGGGCAGAUCAUGGCCUGGAUGGAGAAUGUGGCCACCAUCGCAGCCAGCCGGCUGUGCCAUGCCCACCCCACGCUGCGGGCCAUCGAGAUGUUCCACUUUCGGGGACCAUCGCAAGUUGGGGACCGCCUGGUGCUCAAAGCAAUUGUCAACAAUGCCUUCAAAAACAGCAUGGAGGUGGGGGUCUGUGCCGAGGCAUACGGCCAGGAGAUGUCCGUCAGCCGAAGGCACAUCAACAGUGCCUUCAUGACCUUUGAGGUGCUGGACCAAGAAGGCCGGCCCCGCACUCUGCCGAUGGUGGCACCUGAGCCGGGGGAUGGAGAGAGGAGGUACAGAGAAGCCAGCGCUAGAAAAAAAAUUCGGCUGGACCGAAAAUACGUUGUCUCCUGCAAACAGACCGAAGUGCCACUCUCUGUGCCCUGGGACCAAAGCAACAAGGUUUAUCUGAGCUACAACAACGUCUCUGCACUGAAGACGCUCGUAGCCAAAACGAACUGGGCACUCGCCAGAGAAAAGGAGAAGGUGCGGAUGUACACACUGGAGGAGGACAAGUUCCUCUCCUUCCGCAUUGAGAUAUCGGUCCACAUUGCUGCCAGCCGAGCCUUCUUCCUGCUCUCUGACCUGCAGCGCCGGCACGAGUGGGACAGCCACUACGCGAGUGCUGAAAUCGUCCAGCAAGUAGAUGACGAUGACAUGAUCUACCAUGUGGUAAGCCAAACGCUCAGCUGCGAGAACAAACCACAGGACUUUGUCAUCCUGGCGUCCCGACGAAAACCCUGCAGCAAGGGGGAUCCCUAUGUGGUGGCUUUUCGGUCAGUGACACUGCCCACCCACCCUGCCAGUGCCGACUUCACACGAGGGGAGACACUGUGCUCUGGCUUCUGCAUUUGGCCGGAGUCAGAGGAAACAAGCAAGGUAGCUUACUACAACCAGGCUACACCAGGGUACCUCAACUACGUCACCACCAAUGUGGCAGGACUGUCCUCCAACUUCUGUGCCACCUUUGAAGCCUGCGAGAAGUUCCUGCUGAAAAACAAGGAUGACCUGAUCGUACGGCUGUAGGACCUCUAGAGCCAUGGCACCCCUGCUGACAGAUGGACAGACAGAUGAGGCAGUAGAAGGAGGCAUGGGAUGGAGGCACCCAGACCCUGCCUCACCAGGGGCUUUGGCCCGAGUGAGGUCCUGUGGGCUGGGGGUAAAGGGCAUGAUGGUACCACCUCACCCGUCACACUGACGUGUCAAGGCUUUUCUUCUUCUUCCUUUUUUUUUUAUUUAGAAAUUUUAUAAGCUGAUGUACAGGACUUGGUUUUCUAGUUCACUUAACGCUACAUUCAUCUUUAUAUGAUCCAGAGUCUUCCUAAAACAGAUUUUUUUUUUUUUACUCUUUCUUUAUGGGGAAAACUGGUUCUCUUCAAGGCAGCAAAGACAGAGAGGAGGCAGUGAAGCAGGAAGGGUGCUGCAACCCUCCCUGGUGCCGGGGUGGCCUGGAGGAGCAUUCCGCUCCCCUCACAGCUGCCUGGUGCUGCUCCUCUUCCUGGGCAGGGAAACUGCCCCUGCUAGGCUGAAAUUCCACCUCAUGGGGUGGUGGAAGGAGUGGCAAUAAAAGUGUAUUAAAAGAAAAAAUAUCUAUAUGUGCUCUGGGUGAGUGUCUGCCCUGGGGGUUCACUGUGUGGCUGCCCAGCUGCCAAGCACGGAGUGGGGUUCCUGCAUUCACAGCAGACUCUGGGCAGGUGCUAUUUUCCCAGGCGAGCAUGAGAGGUCCAGCCUGGUGCCAGUACUGCCUGGGGUCUCAGAUGGACAUGGUGGAAAGGGGGGACAUUGUCAUUUGAGGCAGGAAUGUGCAUUGCAGGAAUGGGGGUGUUCAAACCUUGUUUUCCUAAGUCUGAGAAAGGCCGUAAGGAUAUGGAGACUAGGUGCAGGGAGAUGCUGAAACCAAGCCUGAAAGGCUUUGACACCCAUCCCUAGUGCCCUGAGCACUAAUGCCCUGAGUCCCUCCAGGGGUAUUUCCCCCUCCCAGAGGCUUUGAUGGGCAGCACAGAGCUUUUUCAGAGUCUGCAGCAGCAGAGGAUGGGGUUAGGAUCACUGCAAAAACCUUCCUGCCAACCUACUUCUCCCCGAGAUGUUCCAAAAAAGCCACCAAAAGGCAGCACACGUGAUGGUGGAAGUGCUGCUCAUCAGUCAGACCCCAGGGGAUGUCUGCCCCCGCCCAGAGGCCAGCUGAGAGCCCCCUCCCAGGCUUUCCUGGGUCACAUAGCCGUAGCUUUGCUGAUGGCAUCGAGGUUUCUGAAAGGCUUGCUGCCUGCUGGGAAGGGAAGGAGCCCCAGCAGGAAGCCCUUGGGCAUGCAGAGCUGCAGGCAGAGCCGGUUUAACGUGGUCCUGGGGCAACAGCCAUGCCUUGACUUCAUUAUCAGCUGUGGGCUUAACCAUGAGCAAGGGUUUUUGCAGAGCUUAAUCACGAGCAAGUGCUGAUGAUGCCGUGCUUGGGGUAAGGUGAGGCUGUGUGGUACCAGAAAUGUGCACAGGGUCUUUUCCAGGCACCCCAGGGUGUCUCCCCCAGCUCUGCAACACCCAGUCCCUAGAAAGGUGCUUUGCCCCCAAAUUCCCCACUCAGUUUAUAAGCAGAGGGAGCUGCCUGCCCCUCUCCUGCACACGCUGGCCAGUGAUUCCCAGCCCUGGAGCCGGCUGUGGCCAUAAACUCCUAAUCUCUGCCGUAUCUCCAAUCAUAAACAUCUCCGUGCAGGGCCUGGCACGGCGCUGCCCUGACCUCCCCUGCACUAUCACCACCAGAUAAAGCUGUCUCAGGCUGAACAUGGUACAAAACAUUCAAUUUUUGUAGAGCCCUCUUAUCUCCUGAAACUCAGAGCAAUCCUGCCUUUUUAUCACUGUGACGCGAGCCAUCCUUUCUAUUUAUCGUUAGAAAUUGCUGCUGCUUGAUUAAAUGCAGGGAAUGAUGUAUUCGCCUGAACAUUAAACUUUAA